UAGGCGCAUCCUCUGCCCAUACAUGGUAGCGGCUUCCUCCGCUGAGCGGCGCUGCCCUCCCUCCUGCAGCAAUCAAUGAGCGAGCAGUCAGCCUGGAGGAUCAGUCCGUGGCCGGACACAGCGCAGCAUCAACCGGGGCCGCAGCCGGGGGUCCCUACAACAUCUCUGCCCUACCCGCCACCCCGGAUCUGUUCGGAUGUGGCCCCUAACCCCCUGUCUGACCGAGGAUGGGCACAGCUGUGUCCAAGAAGAAGGCGCUGAGGAAUGACACCAUCUCCCAUGUAGCAGCCAAAGUUCGAGCAGCGAGGGCUUUCGGAGAAUAUCUGUCCCAAACUCAUCCCGACAGCCGCAACGGCUCAGACCAUCUCCUUGUCCAGGAGGAUUCCCCGGAAAUGCUCCAAGCCUCUCAGAACAAACGCCGCCUCUCAGCCAUAUCUGACAGCAAGUUAGAACGAAGCUUUUCAGAGGAACGUGGAGAGAAGGUGCCCAGCGAGGGCCCCAAACCUCGUGUUUACACCAUCUCUGGAGAAAGGCCCAUGUUGUCCGACCACGAGAGUGAUAGCAUGGAGCUGGUGGUGAUGAAGCCAGACCAGGACGAGAGACAGCACCAUCACUCCCAUCAUUACAGUCACCUUCACCAGCCCCUGCAAAACUCAGGCAGCUCCCACAAUAUCACCAGGCCUUCUAAAAGUUGGUCAGGCAGCCGGCAAAAUUCCAAGGAAUGCCCGAACUGUGCCAAGCUCACGGUGUCAGCCCAGCACUCGUUUGAUCUAGAGCAGCACCAAGCCAGCGAAUCUGGUUGGCGCAGGAAAAAGCUGGAACGCAUGUACAGUAUCGACAGAGUAUCUGAUGAUGUCCCUAUACGGACUUGGUUUCCUAAGGAAAAUCUAUUCACCUUUCAGACUGCCACCACAACUAUGCAAGCUAUCUCGGCAUUCCGAGGCUAUGCCGAGAGGAAGAGACGGAAGCGAGAGAAUGACUCGGCAGCCGUUAUUCAGAGGAAUUUCCGCAAGCAUUUACGGAUGGUCGGAAGCCGCAGAAUGAAAGCUCAGUCUUUUGCUGACCGCCGAGAAAGGAGCUUCAGCCGGUCCUGGAGCGACCCUACCCCAGUCAAAGCAGACUCCAUCCAUGAUUCCAAAGAAAGCCAUGACCUGCAAAAUUCCUGCACAGCUCUGAACGAGUGUGAAGAUUUGAACUGGGAGGCCGAGAGAGAAAUGGAAAUUAUGUCCUGUGAAGGAGAAGAUUUUAUUCCACCCAAGAUCAUGCUAAUAUCAUCCAAAGUUCCCAAAGCAGAAUAUAUUCCAACCAUAAUAAGAAGAGAUGACCCUUCCAUCAUCCCAAUUCUCUAUGAUCAUGAACAUGCAACGUUUGAUGACAUCUUGGAGGAGAUUGAGAAGAAGCUGAAUGUAUACAGGAAGGGCUGCAAAAUACGAGAGAUGCUCAUUUUCUGCCAGNNNGGACCUGGCUACCUUUACCUGUUAAAAAAUAAAGUCGCUACUUUUGCCAAAGUGGAGAAGGAGGAGGAUCUUAUUCUAUUCUGGAGAAAACUUAGCAAGCUGAUGAGUAAAAUCAACCCAGAACCGAAUAUAAUCCAUAUCAUGGGGUGCUACGUCUUGGGGAACCCUAAUGGUGAAAAGCUUUUCCAGAAUCUUAAGAAUCUGAUGAGUCCACACCAGAUUGAGUUCAAGUCUCCUCUUGAACUGUCUGCACAAGGAAAGCAAUUGAUUGAAACCUAUUUUGACUUUCGAUUAUAUCGCCUCUGGAAGACCCGCCAGCACUCCAAGUUGCUGGAUUACGACGACAUCUUAUGAGCCCAGUCAAAGGCCAUUUUAGGAGUACGUUUUUGCUGCUUCCCAGGGGGCUGUCAGUCUGCUGGGACCUCCCGCAAUGGAAAGCCAGGGACCAGAGUAUGGAGAUGGAAAAUGAGAAGGAACAGUCCGCUGGCACUUUUUGCGGUUGUUUUACCUUGAACAUGAGCCGGCCAGUGGCUUGACGGGCCAGAGUCCGAAGACAGAACGUAGAGUGAAAGAGGAUGACGUGUCUUCAUGCUGAGCUUCAUCAAUUCAGGGCAAAAACAUACAAAACAGAGAAUCAUCGGGUCCGCUAUCCAAAAGGUCCUUGUAAGACUUCAGCUCAGGUUUUACUAUGAAAAUAAUGUUAACUAUUCUUGCACUAGAGAGCAAGGAUCCCGACAAGCCUUCAAAAACCACAGCAAACUUUUUUUGUAGCAAACCCAGGUGACCUUUAUUUCCUUAAGGCGGAGGAUGAC